AUGCCGGGAGAGGUGGGAAGGGAGACAGGAGAGCCAAAGGAAGAAGCUCAAAAUGUCUCUUUUCCCCUUUCAGCACAAAUUGAAGUGAUACCAUGCAAAAUUUGUGGCGAUAAAUCCUCCGGGAUCCACUAUGGAGUGAUCACGUGUGAAGGCUGCAAGGGCUUCUUCAGGAGGAGCCAGCAAAACAAUGCCUCUUAUUCCUGCCCAAGGCAGAGAAACUGUUUAAUCGACAGAACGAACAGAAACCGUUGCCAACACUGCCGACUGCAAAAGUGUCUUGCCCUAGGAAUGUCGAGAGAUGCUGUGAAGUUCGGCAGGAUGUCCAAGAAGCAGAGGGACAGCCUGUAUGCUGAGGUGCAGAAGCACCAGCAACGGCUGCAGGAGCAGCGGCAGCAGCAGAGCGGGGAGGCCGAAGCACUGGCCAGGGUGUACGGCGGCAGCAUCAGCAACGGCCUCAGCAGCCUGAACAGCGAGGCCGGGGGCACUUACGCCAACGGACACGUCAUCGACCUGCCCAAGUCCGAGGGGUAUUACAGCGUGGAUUCCGGCCAGCCGUCCCCGGAUCAGUCAGGACUUGACAUGACUGGAAUCAAACAGAUAAAGCAAGAACCCAUCUAUGACCUCACGUCCGUACCCAACUUGUUUACCUAUAGCUCUUUCAACAACGGGCAGCUAGCGCCGGGGAUAACGAUGACUGAAAUCGAUCGAAUUGCACAGAACAUCAUUAAGUCCCAUCUGGAGACAUGUCAGUACACCAUGGAGGAGCUACACCAGCUGGCGUGGCAGACCCACACCUAUGAAGAAAUUAAAGCGUAUCAAAGCAAGUCCAGGGAAGCGCUGUGGCAGCAAUGCGCCAUCCAGAUCACGCACGCUAUCCAGUAUGUGGUAGAGUUCGCCAAGCGGAUAACGGGCUUCAUGGAGCUCUGUCAGAAUGAUCAAAUUCUCCUUCUGAAGUCAGGUUGCUUGGAAGUGGUUUUAGUGAGAAUGUGCCGUGCCUUCAACCCAUUAAACAACACUGUCCUGUUUGAAGGAAAAUAUGGAGGAAUGCAGAUGUUCAAGGCCUUAGGUUCUGAUGACCUGGUGAAUGAAGCAUUUGACUUUGCAAAGAAUUUAUGUUCCUUGCAGCUGACUGAAGAAGAGAUUGCUUUAUUCUCAUCCGCUGUUCUGAUAUCUCCAGACCGAGCCUGGCUGAUAGAACCAAGGAAGGUCCAGAAGCUUCAGGAAAAAAUUUAUUUUGCACUUCAACAUGUGAUUCAGAAGAAUCACCUGGAUGAUGAGACCUUGGCAAAGUUAAUAGCCAAGAUCCCCACCAUCACGGCGGUCUGCAACUUGCACGGGGAGAAGCUGCAGGUAUUCAAACAAUCCCAUCCAGACAUAGUGAAUACACUCUUUCCUCCAUUAUACAAGGAGCUCUUUAAUCCUGACUGUGCCACCGUCUGCAAAUGAAGGCGACCAGAGGAUUGUCUCCUAGUCAUGGAAUGCAUCACCAUUAAGACAAAAGCAAUGUGUUCAUGAAGACUUAAGAAAAAUGUCUACUGCAACAUUAGGAAUGUCCUGCACUUAAUAGAAUUAUUUUUCACCGCUACAGUUUGAAGAAUGUAAAUAUGCACCUGAGUGGGGCUCUUUUAUUUGUUUGUUUUUGAAAUGACCAUAAAUAUACAAAUAGAGGACACUGGGUGUUAUCUUUUUUUUAAUUUU